AUGGUUAAGCAAAUUGCAGGUUCCAAGGUCCUCCUUUUGGGCUCUGGCUUCGUCACCAAGCCUACUGUCGAGGUUCUUGACAAGGCCGGUGUUGAAGUUAUCGUUGCCUGCCGCACCCUCGAGAGCGCCCAGAAGCUGUCCGAGGGUUUCAAGAACGCCAAGGCUAUCUCCCUCGACGUCAGCGAUGAUGCUGCUCUCGACAAGGCCAUGUCGGGAGUCGACCUCGCCAUUUCCUUGAUUCCCUACACCUUCCACGCUACCGUCAUCAAGUCUGCUAUCCGCACCAAGAAGAAUGUCGUCACAACCUCCUAUGUCUCCCCCGCCAUGAUGGAGCUUGACGAGGAGUGCAAGAAGGCCGGUAUCACCGUCAUGAACGAGAUUGGCCUGGACCCCGGUAUUGACCACCUUUACGCCGUCAAGACCAUCUCCGAGGUCCACAAUGAGGGCGGCAAGAUCACCGGCUUCAUCUCCUACUGCGGCGGUCUCCCCGCUCCCGAGUGCUCCAACAACCCUCUGGGCUACAAGUUCUCCUGGUCCAGCCGCGGUGUCCUCCUGGCCCUUCGCAAUGCCGCCAAGGUCUACGAGAACGGCAAGAUCGUCAGCAUCGAUGGCCCCGACCUGAUGGCCACCGCCAAGCCCUACUUCAUCUACCCCGGUUUCGCCUUCGUCGGCGCUACGAUAUUCCCGAAGCCCAGACCCUCCUCCGCGGCACUCUCCGCUUCCAAGGCUUCCCCCGAGAUGAUCAAGGUCCUCGUCGACAUCGGCUUCCUGAACGACGAACCUGCCGCCAUCUUUGAGAAGCCCACUACCUGGAAGGAAGCCACCGCCCAGGUCCUUGGUGCCGCCUCAUCCUCCGAGAAGGAUCUCAUUGCCGCUGUGGAGUCCAAGACCUCAUUCCCCAACAACGACGAGCGCGACCGUCUCCUCGCUGGUCUCCGCUGGAUCGGCCUGUUCUCUGAUGAGCAGAUCACUCCCCGCGGUAACGCCCUCGAUACCCUGUGCGCCACCCUCGAGAAGAAGAUGCAAUACGAGGAGGGCGAGCGCGACAUGGUCAUGCUUCAGCACAAGUUCGACAUCGAGCACAAGGACGGCUCCAAAGAGGUCCGUACCUCUACUCUCUGUGAAUACGGUAACCCCAGUGGAUACUCUGCCAUGGCUAAGCUGGUCGGUGUUCCUGUGGUUCUUGAUGGUACUAUCUCCAAGAAGGGUGUUCUUGCUCCUACGACCAUGGAUAUCUGUGCCCCUUUGCUCAAGACCCUCAAGGAGGACUACGGUAUCGAGAUGGUUGAGCGUACUCUGUAA